AUGGUGAAAAGUGCUAUGGUCUCACCUUCACAUGCUGUUUCCAGCGGAAGCGUCUCAACUGAUUCUACAUCCAGAAGUUCGACAACUAUAAAGUUACGAUUGUUUGUUAGUUUACUUGUGCUGAUAACGAUGGGUUUCAUAUGCCAUUUAUGUCAAAUAUUGUGCUUGGGAAGUGGUACUUCUGAAAUUGCUGGUUUCUUAAUUUUAUUCACUGCUUUUUUUGGAUAUGUUUGGAUGGGUAUACAUUCUUGUGCUUUAACCAGAGCUCGAAAAGCUUUUUUUGACGAAUCAAAUGUACUAGAAACAUAUCAGCCACGGGCGAGAACAAUGGGACAUUUAUUUUGUCCAGAGCCACCAACACCAGCGCCAACUGUAAAAUUCUCCGAAAUUGACGAUGAAAAUAAAGAGAAGCACUCCGUAGAAGAAAAUGCUGCAUUCAGUGCUAUGCGAGAUGCACAUUAUGCAAAUAUGUUUGAGUAUGCUAUGAAAAUGCAAAAAGAAAUGCAUGCGAUGGAAAAAACCGGUAAUCAGCCUGAAUCGACGAGCUCAUCAUCAAUUCAAACAACACAAGCCGAUCAGUCAACUGGACAACAACAGUCGUCAGUAAGCGAUUCAUCAUCACAAAAGCAUUCAAGCGAUUCAUCAUCAUGA